GUUCCCCCAUCUCUGCAGUGUUCUCUUUUAAAAUGAUUAACCUCGUCUAAACAUUUUCUGAAAUAUUCGUUGGUUCUCUGUAUGUCAGUGCGUGACAUUCGUUUUGUAACCAGACCCCCCAUAACCAAAACACGAGACUAGCGUGACAUACCACGUGUUAUAAAGUCAACGAAACGAAAAGGUUGGCUCAGGAAAUUCAUUGAUCCUUUACAAACGAAUACUUGCCCGACAAUAUCUCCGAACGCGGAAACAUGAAUUUUAAAAAUGCGAUCAUACUGCUCCUGUACUCAUUUGCCUUAUUUCAAGGCUUUCGAGGUGAAACAUGCGAUCCAAAGCCUAUGAUAACACGGCAUGAAGGCAAAAAAGAGUGCGUGUAUCUUGAUACAAAAGGCAUUAAAACCAUUGGUAUCGGCUACAACAUGCAGAAAAAGGAAGCACCAGGGGUGUUUGCAUCAAUCGGAGCAGAUUAUAACAAGUUCAUCAACGGCCCUGUGACCAAAUGGAAUGUUCCAUGUAACUGCUCUAGCGUCCCCUGCCUCACUGAAGGGCAGAUAGAAGAGCUAUUGGAUAUAAGCUUGAAGACGGCUAUUGCUGAAGCACAGAAAGUGAUUCCAACCUUUGCGAGUCUUUGCUGUCCCGUACAGAAUGUCAUGGUUGACAUGUCAUUCACUUUUGGCGGACCGGUAUUUGCUCAGUUCACAACAUUUUCAAAGCUUGUCGUGCGUCAAUACUGGAAGGCGGCCGGUGAUGACCUUACAGUUUCGCUGUGGUGUAAGCAAGCUACUGCUCGGUGUAUGGAAGACGCCAACAUCGUUAGAAGUGGAUGCAGCUGCUCCCAGCCAUAUCCACAGUCUUGUGACUCUCGAGCGUCAGCCUGUUGUGCUAGCAACACCCAAGAGACUUGCUGCAAAGGUACCUUGACUUUUAAAAGCAAGACAUUUGAUGAGCAGCUGUGUUGCCCUCAUCCCAAGGCAACUUGCUGUGAGCACGAUAGAUGUUGUCCACAAGACUCGGUCUGUUGCCCUGCUCCGCCCGCGGUGCCUACUUAUUGCUGCCCAGUGGAUUACCCAGUGUGCAGAGAUGGAGAGUGUUAUAGGGCACGUGAUGGGCACAUGAUCAAAGGAAAGCCUGUCGCUCAAGGAUUUGUCUCACCAUGAUCCUUUUUUAGUCAAGUAGUACAUGGUCGUUUAAGUUAAUAGGUGUAAAAAUGUUAUUUUGUAAACUUCAGUAAGUGUGAUUUUCACGCAAAACUGCAAAGGCCUGUGGAAUUGUACGUUGAUUCUUUGCAUAUCUAAAUAAAAACUAUUAAAAAAAAAAA